AUCGUUCUUAGCUGUGCCCAUCGUGCGUCCAUAUGGCAAACCCCAUGGUCUGCCUCACCCGUAUGAACCGGCCAAAUCAUGCCAACGACCUUCAUUAGUCAUUUAGUCUGCCUUCUCCUUCAAUUGAACAUUUGGCGGGUACAUUUCUCUAGUCGAAGAUGAGCAGAGUAGAAGAAAUCACCGCAAUUUUAACUGAAAUCGCGUGCCAUUUACAAUCUCAACAACAAGAUUUCACCACCAAUUUAACAUCCACUAUAUCAUCUUUGAAUCAAACUCUAAACCUAAAUACGAAUGAAGGAGAAUCCAGGGUUAGGGUUUUGGAAACUACCCUUUCUUUGAUGUGUUUCAAAACUCCCCAGGUGUUUAAUUUGUUGGUGGAAGAUCUAGUACAGACGAUUGUCACGGUUUUGAAGUCAUCGAUUUUGUGUAAAGUGUUGCCUUUUCAGAAAGAGGAGUUUCUACAGAUUGGGAGUUCGAUAUCAAGGUUUGGUUGCGAAGAGUUGGUUAAAGCUUGUUUAGAUAUUAUUGGGAGACUAGAAGAACAUCAUGGAACCCUUUCACAUAUGUUGCUUCGUGCUGUGCUGAGAGUGACAGCGUCAGCUUCUUCUCAUCAGAUCUUGUCCCCAUUUCCAUAUAUCCGGAGUGUUCAACAAUGUCACCAGAAAAACACUUCUUUCUCCAAACUACAUUCUCUUAUCCCGGAAGAGAUCUCCAUCAGCGACAGCGAUAUACCUCUAAGGUUACUCGUGUGGUAUCUUGAUCCACUGACUUUAAAACAUGAUAUCUCAAGUAUUCUGUCCGAGUCUUCAACGAGGCCGUUCCUUUAUUUGAAAAAAGAAAUGCAUGAAAGAAUGAGAUGGCGUUCAAUAGUCUUAUCUUUGGUUCUUUCUCCUACUAUAUUUACUCAAACAAGAGCCUUAUUGCACAACUGGUUUUUGGUGACGGGCUCGACUUCCGUUCUACAGCUUCAAAUCAUAGUAGUCUUGUCAGUGUUAGAUGUACUUGCGCAGCCAAUAAGGUGGGGACUGACAAUGAAAAUGGGUUCUAAGCUGCCUUUUUCUCAUGCUUAUUUUCCACAUAAACAACCUCUGUUGCUGAUGCUAGCUGGACCAGUGUCAUGCAAAACUUUUCUAGAGUUGGUUCAUUUUAUUAAGGAACUGAUACUUCAGGGUGAUGACCAUUUUGACCUAGUUUCAAAGCGAGGAUCAAUUAAGGCAAGAAUGAUAGAUCAUAAAUCUACAUGGGCACUAUUGAUGAAUUUUCCGGUUUGGUUCUACUUCUCGGCUUCCUUGUUAUUCACUGGAAGAAACUGCUCAAUAGGAGCAGUUAAAGCUCAACCGUACGACUUAGAGAAGAUUCGCGGUGCAGCUUCAAGGUAUCUGACAUGGAUUCUUAGCCCAACUAAUGAAUACCUUUCUGAUUUGCUCCUUAAUUUUUUCAUGGAAAAAUCAAGAUCUUUUGAAAAACACGGGCUAGAUACACACAAUGUCAAUGCCAGUGUCAGGGGAAAACUUGGGAAACCAAAAGUUCGUGAAAACAAGGAUACUAUGGCAUCCAAAGAGUAUGAUGGUCAUGCAAUGAGACUCUGGCUUAAUGAAUUCCAUGAUUGUCAUGAAACCUUCUGCAAAAGAGCUGUCAAUGAUAGGGAAUUGAUUGGAGAAAAAACCCGGAAAGUUUUUAAUCCUUGGCAUAGUUUGUUAUUCAGAAGGAUUCCCUUGGGCAUCUUUAUUUGGGUUUCUGAUACAAAUGAAGAGUCAUGCCAAUGUCUUUUCCACUAUGCUGCUUCAGGUUCAAUCCUUCCGCAUGAUAACAAAAAGUCGGCUAUGUUCUCUCGAAAAAGUGAUGAGAAAAAGGAGGCCAUAGAAGGUGUCCAACUUGUUUUUGAUCUGUUUGAUGUUAUUGAAGAAAUGGCAGAAUCAAUAUUUGAUACGGAAGGUGAAGGAGAUGAAUUUGUUUGCCGGUUGAAAAUAAAAGCGGUGAGGUUUUUGGUUACGUAUAUGGAAAAGCUUCUGAGCCUUCAAACUGAUGAAGCUGACGGGUCAAUGUUGAUGCUUACAGAUCUUCAGAGGAGAUUAUCAAUGUGGAAACAUCAACUCGGAAAGAAUUCUCAGGGUUACGAAGAUUUAGAUGAAAUUUGUAAUGCAUUGCGAUUAAAACUAGCUUGAACAUUUAGAAGCAGUUUUAAAUUUGUAAUCAGAAAUAAGAUCAAUUUGUUUUAUAAGAAGUUAAACUUGGGGUCCCCUUAACCUCAGUUGUCUGGUCAGGGGAAAAAAAAAAGGUUAACUUUUUACUUUUAAAAAGUCAUUCUGGAGAUGUGUU